CCAGGAUCCCAGCCCACCCUCUGCCAUGAAAAUCCUUCCUUUGCUCCUUGUUCUCCUCUUGGUGGCAUUUCAGGGAGCUGCAGGUAGAAGCUUGGCAAGACCCAGGAGGCCUUACAUGGAGUGUGGCUAUCGUGGGACCUUCUGCCACAGGGGGAAAUGCCCUCGUGGCAAUGAUUACCUGGGCUCCUGUCGUUCUGGGUACAGCUGCUGUAGGUGGUAA